AUGCCUGGAAGCCACCGAUCCCCCAGUGGGGUCCAUCCAUUCCUCCUGUUGGCCCUGGUCUUUGGUGGUGCAGCCCAGGCCUCCCGGAUUGUGGGUGGUCACGAGUCUCAGCCCCAUUCUCGGCCUUACGUGGCAUCCCUGCAGCUGAGCAGGUCUCCUGGGAGCCACUUCUGUGGUGGCACGCUGAUCCACCCGAGAUUCGUGCUGACAGCUGCGCAUUGCCUGCAGGACAUCCCGUGGCAGCUUGUGACAGUGGUGCUGGGUGCCCACGACCUGCUGAGCCCAGAGCCUGAGCAGCAGAAGUUCACCAUCACUCAGGUCUUCCAGAACAAUUACAACCCCGAGGAGAAUCGCAAUGACGUGCUGCUAGUUCAGCUGAACCGGCCAGCCUCCCUGGGCGAGCAGGUGGCGGUGGCCUCUCUGCCCCAGCAGGACCAGUCUCUGUCCCAGGGCACCCAGUGCCUGGCCAUGGGCUGGGGCCGCCUGGGCACCCGGGCGCCCGUGCCGCGUGUGCUGCAGGAACUGAACGUCACGGUGGUCACCUUCCUGUGCAGGGAACACAACGUGUGCACGCUGGUGCCACGGCGGGCCGCUGGCAUUUGCUACGGAGACUCGGGCGGCCCCUUGGUCUGUGACGGCGUCCUGCAUGGAGUCGACUCCUUCGUGAUCCGGGAGUGCGCCUCCCUCCAGUACCCCGACUUCUUCGCCCGAGUGUCCCUCUACGUGGACUGGAUUCGCAUGGUGCUGCGGGGCGCAGAGGCCUGA